GGGCUGAGUGCUGGCACUGGGGGUCCUGGGUUGGACACAGCUCCCAUCCUUGGGGAGUUGGGUUGUACGGCUUUGCCCACCAUCCUUCACGUAUCAAGGGUUGCUUUGCUUCUAAAUCCUUUUCCCAAAUGGUUUCUCAAUGCGUGGCAGAGGCUGAGCCUGGAAGGAGCCCGGUGUCACUGUGAUGGUUGGAUUCAGCCAUCUUAGGAGGUCUUUUCCAACUUUAACCACUCCAUGAAUUAUAAAAUGGGACUUUCAGAACUCAUGGGGUUCGUUGGCACCUGCCUGGCUGUGCUGGGACUGUCUGCAUUGGGCUCCUGCAAUUAGUGGGGCACUGGGGGUGCAGAGCCCGUCCUGCACCCUGGGAAGCAGAGGGAUGGAAAAAGCAGAAGGCAAAUAUCUGCACUGCCAGGUAGGGACAGCUGAAAGUCAUUGCUCCUGGCCGGUGCCUGAAGCACUGCUUGGAAGUCACGGAGGCUCUGCGUUGCCUUUUGCUGGGGGAAGGGUUUGGUGCUGGGGAAACUCGGUGUGAUUUCCGUAUUGCUGAAGCAGCUCGACCAGGUUCGCUCAGACCUUUGUGUUGCUCAGUGUUUCUUUUGAAGAGAAUCAGACUUCUCCGCUUUCCGUUUGGAAUUUUCCUUUUUCCCUCCCAUUUCUGCCUCUUCCUAUUUUUUUUUUUCUCUCUCUUGGCUUAUGAAUGCACUCUUUGAUAGCAGGAAUUCAGCCCCAGGCCGCAGCAUUUCUGCAUGGCGCAGCUUCACCUUUUGUGGUGGCUGCAAACCCCACUGCAAUCCGCACGUCUCCAAUGGGGACAGCACAGGGGAGUCCCCCUGUAGGACCCCUCCUCUCCCACCCCAUCCCAGCUGCAGGCCGGGCUCCUGCAGGGUCUUUGGGUUUGGGAUUCUGUGGCACCUCUCGGCCCAGCAGUUGUUAUGAUAGAGGUGGUGAACCACAAACAGCCGUGUAACCUGGGAGGGGAACAAAACGACCUCAUGAUGUCCUUCAUCUUUUUGUUUUAGGAAAAUGUCGGACGGUUUCUCUCUCUCCGACGCCUUGCCUGCUCACAACCCUGGUGCCCCUCCACCCCAGGGCUGGAACCGGCCCCCAGGACCUGGGGCCUUCCCGGCGUACCCUGGAUACCCUGGGCCGUACCCGGGGGCACCGGGACCCCAUCAUGGACCACCAGGACCCCAUCACGGACCACCAGGACCCCAUCACGGACCACCAGGACCCCAUCAUGGACCACCAGGACCAUUCCCUGGAGGACCACCAGGGCCAUAUCCUGGAGGACCAGCAGCAGCAGGACCAUAUUCUGGAGGACCAACUGGACCGUACUCUGAAGCUUCAGCUGCUCCACUGAAAAUCCCCUACGAUCUGCCCCUGCCAGCAGGACUCAUGCCUCGGAUGCUCAUAACCAUCACGGGGACUGUGAACCCAAAUCCCAACAGGUUUUCACUGGAUUUCAAGAGAGGGCAAGACAUUGCCUUCCACUUUAACCCCCGUUUCAAGGAAGAUCACAAAAGGGUCAUCGUCUGUAAUUCAAUGUUCCACAAUAACUGGGGAAAAGAGGAGAGAACAGCUCCUAGAUUUCCAUUUGAACCUGGAGCCCCCUUCAAGCUCCAGGUGCUCUGUGAGGGAGAUCACUUCAAGGUAGCAGUGAACGAUGCUCACCUGCUGCAGUACAACUUCCGUGAGAAGAAGCUGAAUGAGAUCACCAAGCUCUGCAUUGCUGGGGACAUCACUCUCACCAGCGUUUUGACCUCCAUGAUUUAAUUACCAAGCUGUACCUUUAACACAAGUCUAGCACUCCUCAGAGAGUUGUAACAGGAGUGCCUGCCUGUGUGAUUAUUUUGAAGCAAUAAAGCAUUUUCACAAGUAAAAUUUGUUUUUGGUUAAGAUACAAGCUGUAUUUGAAUGUGGAAGAAGCUGAAUUCUUGCUUUAGAAUUUGAACCUUUGCCAGAGGAUAAUGACUAUGAGUCAUUUCUGAUUUGCAAGAAGAAUAUGUGGGAAAGCUGUAUGUAGCCUACAGGCAGUUGUCCUAUGAAUGAGUUAAGAUUGGGCUGAAGGUUACUGCUGGAAGUCCCAGAUAACAGAUCAACAUUUUAGCCUCAGUUCCUCUGCUAGUAGAGGAACUUUUUAUAUCGAAGUAUUGCUGCAAAGUGGUGCUUUGGUUCUCUCUAAAGGGGAAACACGAGAGUAGGAAUUGCCUGGCCAGGCUGGGAAGGCUUUUGCAUAAGUGACAAAGUGCCACUUCAACACUAGGGAACACUGAAAACUCAAAAGUGUCUGAUCCUGACCAGAACAAGGCAUUUCAGGAGGGGGCUCAAAGCUAAGGCUGAAGGAAACAAAACUUCCCCCCUCCUCCAUUUCAAAGACUUGUUUUGCCUGCACAGCUGUUUAGAAUGCCCUAAAUCUGCAUAUCCUUCUCACACUUCCAACCUGAGGGAGAUGCACUCCAUACAUACAUUGCACACCCCAUCACACAGAUCACAAGCCCUGUGGUGCUUCUCCCACCUCAUCACUUCCCCAUCAGCCAAGAGCAGUUUCAGGGGUGGGGUGGAGGUUUACUGGCAAGUUCAUCACAUGAGUCACGCUGGUAAAUAAAGUAUGACUCACAGCAAAGGGAACAUUCUUCCAAUCUUGUCUGCAGAACAACUGUGUAAGAGCCACUACUGAAGUUGUUUAGGAUCUCUUUGACACAUCCCAUACCCUUUUGUAACAGUUGCUUCAUUUAUCCAUACAGUUGCCAAGUAACAACCACAGUGUUCAAAGUUCUAGCCUAGGACCAGCACAACACUAGUAGUGCCCUAAGUGUAUACACCAGAUCCAAAAAUCCCCCUUUACCACUAUUGAUUGCAGUAUUGAACACUGAGAAGAGAUACAGUCUUUCAGUACCUAAAGGGAGCCUAUAAAACAGGAGGGAAGUCAACUCUGAAAGGGUAGAUAACA